GAAAUUACUGAUCUCGGAUUUCACCGGUGCACCAUCCAAAUGCUGCGUGCUUUUGUCUUCGCUAUAAAACGAAUUCUCAUAAGCUUCCACGUUCUUGUCGAAUACUUUCUGACAUAAUAUAUUCUCUUUACUCUCGUAAUCGUCUAUUCUAUCGUUCAAUAAUUUAAAAUGCUUAUCCUUCGAAGGUUUGGAAUGUCUGAUCAGAGUCUGUUGAGAGCUCAGACUUUCAUCGUGAUCCGUGCAAUCUAGAAUUGCAUUUUCAUCAUUUUUAUCGGACUGAGUGCAUUCCUUUUCCAUCUUCGUCCGUUUAUUAUGAUGCUUGAUAAAUUCUUCGGACACUUGGGAAUUCGAUUUAGAUCGCUGCACAUUUUCAGUUAGACAGUGAUUAUAAAAAGUUGGCAAAAUAAAUUUUUGAUACCUGACAUUGUUUAUGAAGUAAUGUUAUAUCUUACAAGAUCUUCUCGUAUAAACAAUUUUUUUCGAUGCUUAAAACUUCCAGUUGAUAACUUUUGUCAAAACAUGUCAGUUGUAAUUAAUGAAAGUAGUCAUGAUGACAGCAAGAAAGUUGAGGAAAGUAAUAAAAGACAUAUAACCGAUGAAGACCAUGAAGUUGCAACAAAAAUACAGAAGGUAGAAGCAACCGAACAUGAAAAACUACCUAAAAGAAGUAACUUUGUAUUAAUGAUGGGAUAUCUUGGUAAAGGUUAUUUGGGUAUGCAAAGAAAUCCUGGUAGGAAAACAAUAGAAGAAGAUUUAUUAACUGCUUUAUUCAAAUCUAACUUAAUUAAAAAGCAUCAGUUUGAAGAUAUUCGACAACUUCGCUUUCAAAGGGCUGCACGCACAGAUAAAAAUGUGUCAGCAGUUAGACAAAUUGUUUCUCUUCAAUUACCGAGAGAUGUAAAUAAGGAGGUAAUAAAUGAACAUCUUCCACAAGAAAUUAGGAUAUUCGGUCUUACAAGAGUAACAAAGAAUUUUAAUUCCAAACAACAAUGCGAUGGAAGAACAUAUAGAUAUGUUAUUCCUACAUAUGCUUUUGCUACAGAAGACACAAGUACUUUUAAUAGUACGUCAGAAGAAGGAAUAGAUGCAGAUGAACGCUUGAAACAAAUUUCUAUAAUAGAUGGAAAACCAUACAAUGAAUAUCGAUUGUCUAAAGAUAAGCUUGAUAUACUUAAUGAAACUUUAAAAUUAUUUGAAGGCACACAUAAUUUUCAUAAUUUUACAAUAAAAGUACGACCAAACGAUCCAAGCGCUCAUAGAUAUAUCAUGAAGUUUCUCUGUGCUGAAGUAUUUGUUGAAAAUGACACAGAGUUUGCAGUAUUGGAAAUUAUAGGACAAAGUUUUAUGUUGCAUCAAAUUAGAAAAAUGAUAUCUUUAGUGAUAGGAAUAUGUAGAAAUAUUAUUACAAAAGAUAUUAUUAAAGAUGCACUGUCACAAGAGAAAAUGGAUAUUCCUAUUGCACCAGGCCUUGGAUUAACUCUACACCAUGUACAUUAUACAUAUUACAAUAAAAGGUAUGGAAAUGAUGGAAUUCAUAAACCAUUAAAUUGGGAAGAAUAUGAUAAAGAAGUGGCCCAGUUUUAUAGGGAUUUUAUUUUAAAAGAUAUAAUAUGUACAGAAGUUGAAGAAAAGAUAACACUAAACUGGUUAGCUACUUAUCUUACACCGAACAGGUUUAAAUUCAUAGAGAGAAUUUACGAAAAUGGUGAUGAUUAAUAUUGUAUUUUGUACACAUGAAAUACAUUUUCUGACAACUGUAACUAUUUGACUUCUAAAUUGAUCUGUUAUUAAUUACACAAUGUUUGUAUAAUUUACCAAAUAAGAUAUGAAACUAAUAUCUAUA